GAAGGUCAAGCACACACAACAACGACGACGAUGGCGGACGACAGGCCGACAAGCAGCAGCAGUCGCAGUGCUCAGGCUGCCACUGGCGGUGUUGAUGAUGAUGAUGAUGGUGACAAUCGCACAACGCUGAUAGAUGCCUUGCACGGCAUGGUGGAUAACGAGCAGUUGCAACAACAUGUGCUCCCAAAGCAGCAGGAAACAUUGGCGAGACUGCAGCAGACGACACAGACAUUGGUGGCACAAACACAGGAGGCAGACCGCAAGCACAUCGCUGUCCAACACCAGUAUGCUCGCUACGCACAUCUCAUCAGCGCAGCCAAGGACGACCUCAUGAUCAUCUUCCGUACCCUAAGAUCGUUGCAGAGACACUUGCGGGAGACUGAGCCCGAUGCUUGGGAAGCAGCGACGGCGGCAGCGUUGGAGCGUGAGAGCGAAAAACACAACAGCCAAAGCGAUGGGGUGCAGAAGGAACCUGUAGAUGAAGGUGACGGUGACAGCGGCGGUCAUGGAUCACCUCUCGACACACCAGCAGCUGUUGGCGAAGAAGAGGGGAUGGGCGCAACAGUUGGUGAUGGUGAUCAUGGUGGUGUCAGCGAGGAGGGGGAUGACAGACCUGCGCUGACGGGCGAUCACAACGACGAGCGCGAAACAGGGACGGAAGCCAUUGACGAGGGGCAGCAGGAACAAGAUCGUGCAUUGCGCGUCACGCCGGCAGCAACAGAUGGCCAACAACAACAAGCCAGCGCGUGAUGGCAGGAGUACACAAGCGCACACAAGAGUGCAUCCACUGCACAUGCACCCCGCGUUACGUGAUCACGGAUGUCAUUGUUGUCUAUAGCUUGCAGUGGUUUAUCUCUCUGUUACACAUCUUUUUCACCGUGUCUCAAAAGCAAUAAACAUAUGCCCA